AUGUAUCUGGCCCUCCUCAUAGAUGAGAUCCUACAGCUCGUGUUCGACUUCUGCGGCGACAUUCCCUCCCCGGAGCCCGGUUGGACAUAUUCACAACUCGCCCGCACCUGCAAGGCAUGGAAGGAGCCGGCACUGGACAGGCUGUGGGCGAGAUUGGGAAGUAUUGAGCCCCUCCUGGCUCUCCAAAAGGACGACACGAUGAACUCGCUUGUCCUCCACGCAUAUACCUCUCGCGUCAAGAGCAUCACCCUUCGACAUGCGAUACCCAAAACCAUUAAAACACCUUACCCUCUUUUUGAGCUCCCCAGACUCGAGAGUGUCACGCUACUUUCCGACGGAUGCAUGGCUCCGCAGGCGUGGGCCGUUUCAUCUCGUCUCAAGCACGUCCACAUCAACACUGGCUACUCCAGAAGCCAGCAAGAGCUCCUCGACAGGAGCAAUGCCGCUGCCAAACUCCUCUUAUGCGCUGGAAACGAGGCCCCGUGCCUUGAGUCCCUUUACAUCCGCGGUCGGAUGACAGACACCCUCAACAGCGUGGUCACCGGCCUCACGCAACUGCGCAGCCUCAACAUCAAGGGCAACUGUUUCAUCGAGCCUGAUACGCUCGCGGCCAUCGCAACGUUCCCCGCAUUGGAGUCGCUCUCCGUGUACGCAAACCGUGUCAAUGCCAGCGCCUUCGAGGACGCCGUCCCCGCUGGCGUGGAGUGCUUCCCGUCGCUCAAGCGUCUCGCCAUCCGCGCCAGUGGACCCUCCUCGCCGCUCUUCUCGCUCGCCUCCCCAAUGGCAGGCUUACCAGAAGCCGCGACGAGCCUUCGCGAACUCGUCAUCGAUGACCUGACGGACAUCAGCGAGCUGGACGCUACCCACGCUAGCCCGCGCUGGUAUACGGUCGACCUCCUUGCUCCACUCGCUCGCCUGAAGGCUCUCGAGCGCAUCUCCUUCCUCAGCCGGACCUCAGCGACUCCGACCUCGGCGUACUCGGCAAGUGGUGGCCCACGCUCGCACACCUCGACCUCGGAGCGCUAUUUGACGAUGCGGAUGACGAAGUGCCAGAGUGGAAACGCAGCUCACUCCCGCUGCGUACGCCGUCGUAGCCAAGUCCUUCCCCUGCUUGCAGAGCCUCGCUCUUCCCGCGCACCCGCCCUCCACGUCGACCACCCGGGCGUCCUCACCCACACCCGACGUGAGGACCACAAGCAAGGGCCGCCCCCCGCGACGAUACAGCAGCGGGUCCUCCACGCGCUCACGAUCGGGGACGUCCCGGAGCUGAGACGGACGCGGCGGGGAUGA